CGGAGCCGUCCGGCAGUCAGAACUCAGCGUGCGAAGUGAGGGGACGAUGUCAGAGGUCGGAAUCGCGGUGCGUUACGGCGUCGUGAUCAGCUGAUCGACUGCCGGGACGACGACCAACCCCCUCGGCGUUCGGCCUUAAAGGGAUAUUCGCGUAGGAAUAUCGCGCGCAUACGCGAGGCCAAGUAAUAAUCCGGCAUCGUAUCCAUCCGAAGGGCUUUGUGAUCGUCGAAGUGCGCGUCGUUUUCCCGUCCGAAGAAGCUGCUCGCCGCGAACCACCCACGACCCCCGCAGAGCGUGUUGUGUGAAAUCUGUGCCUGUGCUCUCGUGUCGUCGCCCCGUUAAUUCCGAAUUCCCUAAUUUCCGAAUUGGAAAAUCCCCGUGUGCUCGCCACCGCCUCUGAUAUAUAUCAUUCAUAAUUAAUGUGUCAAACAUGCCUGUGCGGAAGUACAGAAGGGAUACUAGUGAAGUUAGCUGCUGUCUGAAAUACGUUAUAUUUGGAUUUAACGUCAUGUUCUGGCUGCUCGGUCUCGGCAUCAUGGCAGUCGGGGUUUGGGCCUGGACGGAAAAGGACACUUUCAACAACUUGUCUCGCCUGACGAACGUCGCGCUCGAUCCGGCCUUCAUUCUCAUUCUAAUCGGCACAGUGACGUUCAUCAUCGGAUUCACAGGAUGCGUUGGCGCGUUGAGAGAAAACACGUGUUUACUAGCUGCGUACGCGAUAUUUUUGGCGCUGUUACUUCUUUCGGAAAUGACAGCUGGCAUAUUGGGAUUCGUCUUUAAAGAUUGGAUCAAAUCACAGGCCACGGGUGGAUUUCAAGCUUUCAUAAUUCACUACAGAGAAGAUCCCGAUCAACAGAAUCUGAUCGAUUGGAUUCAGGAGGACUGGCUGCAGUGUUGCGGAAUCGAGGGCCCCAAGGACUGGGACCGAAACAACUACUUCAACUGCUCCUCGAGUGAGAUUGGGUCGAGAGAAGCAUGCGGUGUGCCUUUUAGCUGCUGCAAGCGGAAACCAAACGAGAUUAUCAAGAACAAACAGUGUGGAUACGACGUGCGAAAGCCCGGCUAUCCAGGGGAAAGAAGUAUCUUUGAAAGAGGGUGCCUAAGGGCCGGCGAAGAGUGGGUCGAGUUGAACCUCGUCCCCGUUGCCGGCGCCGCCGUUGGUGUUAUGGUCCUCCAGAAUUUUGACGUAACCAAGGUGAUCAAUGAUAAGGGAUGCGUUCAGGCGGGCGAAGAAUGGAUGGAGAGGAAUCUACUUGCCAUUGCCAGCAGUGCUGUUUGCACGGCUUUCGCUCAGAUACUGGGCAUAUGCUUCGCGCAAAAUCUACGGGCGGACAUAUUUGCCCAGAAGGCUAAAUGGCAUUGACAAUCAAGGGCCCCCACGGCAGUCUAGCAGCUCGCCUGUAUCAGGCAGCGCGCUGGUCGUUCACGUUGAUUCAUUAUUAUUACACUGUACAAAAUCUAAGAACAGAAUAUUACCAAGAGAUAAAUAAUAAUAAUAAGAAGAAGAAGAAGAAGAAGGAGACGAUAACACAAAAAUAAACAACAAAACGAAACGACGAUUCAACGGGUGUAUUAUACAAAUUGCGGACCGAUAAUCGACACUCGACGAGGAUCUUCUAGAAGGGAGCUAGACGUAGCUCACAAAUCUCGAAAUGUUGAAAAAAAAAACUUGUAACAACACUGUUAACGUUAAGCUUCGUAGUUGACAAAAAUUAUCAGUCCGUGUGAAAUUCUUCAAGAGAUUUAGUAAGAUCUAAGGAUUGCAAUAUUGAGAUAAAAGUGCUAAACAAAUUGACUAGUUUGAAAGGAGUGAAAAUUUUGUCAACAUUCCAUUGGCUAUUUUCAAUUUUUCAAUCUAAAAAUCGGAUGAUGUACCAUUUUUGUGUUACGGUAAAUCUCUUUUCGAGUUUUCAUCCGUCGAACGGUGUUAAAAACAAAAAACCCGAACGCUCAGCCAGUCGAGUUCCGCCGCGUCGGUUUAAUCGUGUUUCUGCAACGUUUAGCGAGACUUUCGUGCAGUUAUUGUCGUACAUUCUUCGAAUAAUUGUAAAAUCAACGUGCGCCGUGGGGGCGCGGGGAGGAAUUGGCCACCUCCGCCGCAGAAUUUGCUCGAUCCGUCCGAGCUUUAUACUUCAGGCCGUUUCGCGUCAUUUCCUCAAGUUUACCCUGAAGCCUUCGGUAAUUGGAAGAGAAGAAUUACGUCGGGCGCGUGUCGAACUUAAUCAAGCUCUUUGAUCAGGUUGUCGACUGUUCGUUUCGUUGUCAGCGAGAAACGCCGGAGAAAACCUGUUCCGAAUUUUCUUUUAGUCGCUUGUAGAAUUUGAGUGUCGCAUUUGUAAUUUUGUUCAAUGCCUUCAACGACGACCGAAGAGCGAAAAGCUUGUUCUUGUUCGACGCUAGGGGAAAAUAUGUAUAUGAGAUGAUGUAAAAAAGAACAAAAAAAAAAAAAAAGUGAUAUUUUAUAUUAUAUUAUAUUUUUAAGUGGACUGUUGCUUGAACUUUUUUACUUGUAGAAUGUUAAACGAUUAACAUAUACUUGAAAACGUUAUACAUUCCUGAAACGUAUUAUUAUAUAGUAUCUCUUUUUCAAACUAAAUCCUCAUCGUCGUGAAAGGUAUGGAGAAUUGGGGAAUACUGGAAUUAUAAAUUAUCUCUCGAUUCGCUCAUCGACGCUGCACUUGUUUCUUUUGUAGACUUUUUAUUUUUAUUCCUUCUUUCACGGCAUUCCUGAAUUCUCGCUACUUAAACUCUCGAGAAACGAUUAUUGUUAUUGUUAUUUUUCUAACUAAAACUUUCGAAUUAACGGGAUAUCCAACGUUGAGGAUCAAUAAAAAUACAGAGUCACAUUGUAGAAUACGAACCGCUACACCUCGGUUUCGUUAACGGCGAACAUUGUUCAACGAAAUUCAACGUUUCCUUAUGUUCAUUUUGUACACAUAAGUACGUACGUUGAAAGAACAUACGUUAAGUAAGGUCAGCCAAAUUAGCAAAUGAUUUCUUCUUGUCGUCUCUUCGAAAACUUGAGUUUUCUUUACUGGAUCCACCUGGGAUACUCCUCGAUAAUCAAUUCAGUGUUCCGCUUUGGUAUGUACGUACAGCUAGGAUAUGUAAACGGCUGAUUGUUUUAAAAUUGGAACGUAAUCACAGGUAUGAUGCAUUUUAUAGCCACGGACUAUUAAUAUCGGUUUCGAGAACUGGAACAGGAAAAUAUUUUGGUAAAAAUACAAAUUAAAAAAAAAAAAUAAAAAAAAAUAACCAUUGCUCUAGCCAACGCCUAUACCUUUGUUAGACUUGAAUAGAGGCUGCUUAGUUAGGCUAGGUAACAUGAAACUAAUUUACAUGUACGUAUUAUCAUAAUACGUACGUACAUGUUUUAUUUCUAAGGUUAUACGUAUACAUUAUUAUUAUGUCUAUAAAUCCUAUGAUUGACCAUAAACGCAAGAGAGAGUUGGGGGAAAUAACUUGAUAUACAUCGUUGUCGCAAAACUUGAUAUUUUUCAAUAUAAAACAUUACGUGUUAUACGUAUAAUUUACGUAUGUACUAUUAUGCAUAUAUAGUAUAUACGUAUACCUGUCAUAGAUAGAAAUACAUACAUACUAAUAAAUGUCGAAUUUUUAAGACGCCUAGUCUUCAAAUAGGAUUUAUUUUACUAUCGUUAGUAUUAUAAAAAGUGUACUAAUUAAUGUGUAUAUUUAUCUAUUCAUUAUAACAGACAUAUUAACGACAGUGUUGAAAAUCGACAUUAUUUCUCAACGUUUGGCUUCUCACUCCCAAUAUCUCUCUUCGCGCGAUAAAGAAAUAUUCCAAGUACAUUCUUGACAUUUCGUUUAUUUACUUAGCAUAACUUUGAUUCAACAGAACAUAUAAUCUUCUCUACAGAUGUAUUCAUUGUGAAAUUUUCAAAAUAGUAUCAAUUCCUCAACAAUAUCUUUCGACUGCUUAUCGAUUUUCUUCAUCAUAAUCUCAUGCGGAAUAGGAAGAAGCGUGAUUUUUGGUACCGGAAGCCCCUUUCAUACAUAACUAACCUCACUAGUCAUGUAUGAAAUGAAAAUAAUGACGAUUUUUAAUUGCUAAAACUCAAUUGUAAAUGCUUGUAUUUUACACUAUUGUUCCUCUCUCUCUCUAUCUAUCUUUCUAUCUCUCUCUCCCUUUCUCUUGUUUAUUUGUAUUGAAUCGAUUAUCAAUUUCUUUUAUUUUCUUUCUACAAUUGACGCCAUUCCAUUUAUAAGGUUUUGUAUUCUUUAUUAAAAAAGAAGAAAACGUGCGUUGCACGUGACUUGUGAAAUAUUUAAGUCGUCAACCUGAUCCAAUAUUCUGAACCAAAGCAUACGUGAAUGUAUUAAGUUACAAUAAAUACAGAUAACGUAUAAACAGUAUCUAGAGACUCGUACCGGCGAAGGACAUCUGGAUCACGUGACAAAUUUUUAGUUUAAUGAGUAAGAAUUAAUUCGAGGAGAAAAGUCAAGUUGAUUUAUCAUUGAUUUUAUUUUUCUUCCCCCUUUUUUUUAUCCUUAACAUAAUUCAAUACUGAGACAUGACAUUAUCGUUGAAUCGAAUUCAACUUGUUUUAUACUCAAUGAUUUAAUAUUCUUGUGAAUAUGCUGGCGAAUUAUUAUUAUUAUUAUUUUUUCUUCUUCUCCCAACCUUUCAUCUCACGAAUUGAAAAUUGUACAGACUUUUAUACGAUUCGUUUAGAUUUGUAUGAAAAUUAAAGAGCCCUGUAGUCGUAACGCUAAAAUGGCGAUAACUGGGAAAUUUUGUUUUUUCAACUGCAUUUAACUGUAACAUCGUUGGAAAUAUUAUGAAAGAUACGCACAUUGCCGCAAGAAUCGUUAUAUUUACGUUAUAUAGAUGUAGGCACAAAAGAUUGUGCAUUACGAGACGAACUUAAUUCAAUUAUUAUCGUUUAAUAAUAAAAAUUUUCAACAUUAUCAUUUGGUAUUAUCUUUUACUUUUAUACGUCCUUCUUUCUUUCUUUGCCUCGUUUAGUUGUUUUACUUACUAAGUUGAAAAUUCAUCGAACUAAACGAAAAUCAGCGAACCGUGUCAACUGCGAAGAAAUGUUGAUGGAACUUUUAUUUAAUUUCUCUAUUCAUUCAUACAAUUUAUGAUUUUCGUCGCUGUCAGUAGCUGAAUUUUAUAGUGACGAGGAAAAUUCACCUAUCCGUACGUGUAAGAUAGAACUUCUUCAUUGAUGAUUUUUAAUGAUUAUAGCAACAGUUAUUUAGGUACAUACAGAUAGUGUUCGAAUAUUAUCAGUGUAGUUUUUCAACGAUACCUUACACAUCCAAUGUAAAUAUUGUAAAUCCAGACAAACAUGUAAAAAUAAGUACAUACACAGAUGAGGGCAUCUGAAGAGAAAAAGUGCUUGACCAAUAUUAUACAUAAAAGGGGGGAUAAAUAAGAGGAGAAUAGCUAAGGCAAGAAAAAAAAAGAAGAAAAAAGUAAAUGAAAUACUACGGUGUAUCACACGUGUUGCUUACUAGAUUGUAACGUAAUCGGAUUAAUCUUAAUGUAUAUUUAAGCGCACGCAAGAGUGAAAAAUUUAAUCAUAGCUUACUUCGAUCCUGUAAAUUAUUUUCGAUUCUUUUAUUUUUUAUUAAUUUUUUUUUUUGCUUCAAUAUUUUCGUUUCUUGUUAUUCGUGCAACAACUGAAUUUGCAUAUAUAUCAUCGAGUUUCAUUCGGCUCUGAACAUAUUUUCGAAAUAGAAAUUACUGUGCCAAAAGAAAAUCAUACUGUCAUCAAUUUUUAACGAAACUAAUUAAUUUAACGAUUUUCUUUUCUUUCGAGAAAGUCGUUUCCGGAUAGUAGCGAUGAAAGUAAAAUUAAAACAGUAAUGACAAUUUGACUUCUAGCUAAUGAUUCGAUACCUCUGUUUAUUCCAUUAUCUAUAUUAUAUAGCAUCUUCAUUUAUACGGAUAUAAAUAUUUGCGGACUUACGUAAUAAUAAAAGAAAUGCGCGAUCCAACACAUUAGAUAAAUGAAAUGCGAUCAAUCUUACGUUCGAGUAAACAGAGAAUUCAAUACACGUAUGUACUGCCGUUAGAUAUUUCCCUUUUCACGUAUCGCAAGAAAGAAAAAAAUAUCAUCACAAUGAAGAUCUAUAAAUAUAAAUAUAUAUUAUAUCGUUUUAUGAAUCUUAUAUACGGAUAAAAAAUAAUUGUUGUUAUCGACUAUUGUAAAUAUAAUAAUAAUAAUCGCCACGUAACUUUCGGUAUAGAGAAUAAGAAUUAACUGUAAUGUUUUUAUGGAAAGAAUAAUAUUUAUACCCAUUGAUAUAUUGAUAUAGCAGUAAAUAUGAAUAAAUAUAUCAACGUACAUA